AUGGCUUGCAAGGCAUGCCGCGCGAAGAAAAGCAAGUGCGACCGCGUCCGACCCGUCUGCCAAAACUGCAGACAACGAGCCAGUCACUGUUCAUACGCCGGCGAGCGACGGGUACGUCGCUGGACGGAAGCCGACGCUGAGAACAGACGUCUUUCCACCUCUCAGAAUGACCAAAGCCCGAGUGUCAUCGACCUGGGCCAGCGUUUCUUGCCGAGACAGCCCGAUGCCGGCGCCGCUGCGUGCCAUGUUGAACAAGGGCUGUGCGUCCAGUCUACCACCGGCUCAACACACCGCAUGCCGGAUGGAAUGGCGCAGAACGACGCCGCAUCAGACUUUCUGGACUGGAGCGUCACCAUCGCCGCUCCUGCCGCUCAGUCUGACUGGCAAGCCAUGGAUUCCAACUCCAUGGCUAGCCUCUUUGCUCAGAUGGCUCGCGACAGCGAGGUCAUCCUCCAAACUCCAGCCGACUCCACCUCUACCCUAGGUGAAAGUCUACUUGAUAAAAUCCUCGACAGCGAUGAGGACUUGGAGAGCCUUAAAGACACCAGCCCGGCCUUGUGGGGCCGAACCACCGACGGCGACGAAUACACCGGCCCCUCCUCCGGCAUCUCCACUGUUUCCGACCUCGGUCUGAAAUGGAUUCGAGAGAAAGUACCCGACUCAGAUCUCCUUUGUGAAACAGUUCAGGACAUACGAAACGCCAUCCUUAGCCAUAUUCGCCAGCCGAAGUGCAUCACGCAAGACUUGCCACUCGCGCUAUCAACACCUCAUCGGAUUCUAGACAUUUCUCGGCCGCAGCUGCUUGAGUAUAUCGAUGCCUAUUUCACGCAGGUUCAAGUUGUCUUCCCCAUCCUAGACCGGAAUACCUUUCACGCUCAGCUGGCUGAAAUGGGAGAUGGUUCUGAUGCUGUUCAAAAGCCGUCUUGGUUGGCGCUGUUGAAUGUCGUGGUAGCUUCCGGGCUCCGAGCCUCACUCUCCGAUGAAACUUCUGAGGCAUUUCGAACAUCUGUUUCUGAAGCCUGGGGAUACUUCCGGUCAGCUCUAUCCUACGAGUCCCAGAUCGUUCACGGCGCCACCGACCUACUAGCUGUGCAAGCAGUGGCUUUGAUGGCCAUCUUUGCACAAGGGCUGUCCAGUCCACAGAGGCUCGAAUUUACUCUCUCCUCGGUCGCUUCACGGCUAGCCCAGAGUAUCGGGCUUAACUGCGCCCCGCCUCCCGAAUGGAGUCUCUCUGAUGUUGAGAAGAAGGAGCGCAAUCGUGUCUUCUGGGCAGUCUAUUGUCUGGACAAGUCAAUUGCCUUACGCUGUGGUAGACCUGCGGUCAUUUGCGACGAAGAAAUCAGCUGUAUUUUCCCGCGAGGAAUCGACUUGGCUCAUACGGGUUCAGCAACCACCGUCACAGAGACAGGCCAGGGAGAGUUGGACGUCGACUUUUUCCGAUACUUCACAAAGCUAGCGCGUAUCGGUGGUGACAUAUCCCGGUCCUUGUAUUCUGCGAGCGCUCUCUUCAUGCCAAUAUCUCGGCUUGUGCCAGCAUUAAAUCGCUUGCUGCAGGACUUGGAGAGGUGGCUGGAAUCUAUUCCUAUCGAGGUCCGGCCUGGUAGGUCACUUGGCAAAAUCCUCGGGAGACAGGGGGUAUCACGGGUACAAAUCAUUGUUCUACAUUCAUCCUACUACUACGCGUUGUGCUCCAUUUUCAGACGCGGAUCACCCAUGUUCAAUCAAGGAAAAACAGAUGUGGAACAUCUUAUCGAUAGAAAGUCUCAUAUAUCGCACAUAGAGGCUGCAAGGUCCAUUGUCUUGCUCACGAAGCAUCUGGAUAUCGAGAGCUUCACUCCAGCAUGGCUCGUCUUCUACUAUCCAUUCACAGUCUUGACUACAAUCUUCGUUCAUGUGGUGUCAAACCCACAUGAUAGCCGUAACCAGAGCGACAUAGCCCUCAUGGAAACAGUCGUUGGAUUCUUUGGUCGCCUCGAGUAUGUCACAUCCGGCGAAGCUGCCUUUACAAAGACAACAGAAUUUGUCCGACAGGCCCGGAGAGUUGUCGACAGUUAUAAGAACUGUUGGAUUACGAGGCAGAAAAGGGGCCCUAUUAGCCUGAAUAUCGAGAGCACAACAAGCCAUGAGGAUCUCAUGAAAUCUAUGCAGAUGUCUCUGCAGGAUGAUGCCUCUAUGCAGGGUAGGCCAGCAGAGGUGACGGGUGUCUACGCACGCAAUUCAAUCACUGCUAGCCAAGACGCCAGUGCAUCCAAUAUUACGGGCACUAGUUUGCUUCCGCAGGCCGAAUCUUCGCGAAUGGAGGCCGUUAGCGAAGAGGACCAUCCUGUGUCUGGCGUACCGAACGUUCGAGAGAUAGAAAUUUCGCAAAAUGGCCGUACGAUAUACUCCGACCUCGCUGGUUUUACGGUCCCCAACAUGGAAGACUCAAUCCAAGUCCAGUGGUAG